AUAAAUGGACCUGGCACAUGAUAUUAUCUGGGCCACAAUUUCUUAGAAACCAAACCAAUGCACUCCAAAAAGUUUACGCUUCGCAGAAAAAGGUGAAAGCCCAUGCAAGCAUUUUGUUUAGUGGACAGUGCAGUUCAGUUGCUUUCUCUCGCUAGCUUUUGAUCCUCUGAAAUUCGUUCUAUUCGAGGUCGGAGAACCCAUCAUCGACGAUUUGAACCUCAGAGAAUCUUAAUUUGAUUGUUCAGAUUCUUAUUCUGUGAAGUUUCUGGGAUUUUCUCGUGCGUGUGUUUGUGGGUUUCUGACGAUUAAUUUAUUGUAUAUCUUCUUGCAGUUUAUGGUAAGUUUAAUCUCUAAACUCUGAAGCGUACAAUUGUGUGUGCAAUUUUGGAUACCGGAACACGGAUGUUAAUGGAUUCUGUGCUUUCUUUAUUUUUUUUCUUCAAAAUUCGUUUUCUGUAUUGAUUAUUAUAUUUAUGAAUUUCUUUGGUGUGUUGAAGUUUGAAUUUUGUUUCAGUGUUUAACAAAUUAUUGUUGGUUCUAGUGUCAAAUACUUCAAAAUAUUUUGUUGCUUCUGUAUUUUAUCCCUCAUGUUGUUUCAUAUUCCCUGGUAUAAAUUUAGUAAUUUUGCUGAUGUAAUUAAAUUGAUGGUCAUAUUAUGAGGUUCACAAAGCAAACUUUGGACCCCUCAAUCCUCAUAGUUCCUGUCAGUUUUUCUUGUACCUUUGUCAGCUUUGCUUGUUUUUAUAGUGGCAUUUUUGCUAGAAGUAAAUUCCCAAUAAGAGUGUCAUGAAAAACCAAGUUCAUUGCUAGAGUGGUUCAACCUCGUCCUUUGCAAUAAGAACCAGCAAGUUAGAUGAAGUUUGAGUGUUGAUUAUUUUCAAUUGCAGAACCAGCAAGUUUGAUGAAGUUUAGGACUAAAUGGUCUUUCUUGUAGAAUUCAUCUCUCAUGUAAUUUAUUGAGGCAUCUUGUUUGUGUCAAAGUAAUAGGUUAGUAAAUGCAUUAUGUGUCUAAUUUAGGAUUCUAUCAGUAAAACUAAAUUUACACCCUUGCUAACACCUUAGACUAACUAAUGUGGCAGCAAACAUGGUAAAUGCCACCUCAUCAACUAUGUCACAUAUCUUCCAUGUUAGUCCCUCUAAUAUUUAAAAAAUAAAAAAUAAAACUCACUCCUUUCCCUAAAUUAGAAACCUUUCCCAAAUUGAAACCCUAAAUCAAAUCUCUCACUCACAAAUUUGUCCUCUUCCACCACCACAGUUGGUAUUGUCUUCAACUGCCAUUGGCCACUAUUGUUCGUUCUUCCUCUCUCACCAUUGUUCAAUCCAGUACAAAACGCAUACGGUUUGGGCUUCAACUACCACCACUGCCGAUCAUCCUCUAUCACCACAAAUAAAGGCUUUUUAUCUUAUUCACUAUUUCCUCUUCAUAUUACUCUCCAUUUAUGUUAUUAGAUGUACAUUUUUCAGUGUCUUUGGCAAUACUUUUGUCACAAACUCAGUCAUUUAUGUUAAUGGAUAAACAUUGUAGUAAAUAUACCUUGUUUAGUCUGAACCGUUGGUUGUCUUCUUCCAGGAAGCAAUUUUGGUCAAAUUAGGAUCUUUGAAUGAUGUUCAUGAUAUUUAUUAAUAUAGGUGUCUUUUCUUCAGUCUACAUAUUAACUAGUAAAGGUUGUUAUGAAAGAUACUGUUAGAAUUAAUUACUCUUUAUAUACUAAGUCUGAGUUUGGUGUUGGUGUUGUAUCAAUGUACCAAAGAUGGAAGAAUGCAGUCAAACAAAAUCAGAGAAUUGUUCUUCUCAUUUCAAUUGUGUGGAGGAUAAUCAUUCUCAAGAAAUAGAAGAUACAAGAAGUGUAAAGGAGGAAUGGGAGCCUAAGCGUGGAAUGAUUUUUGAUUCAUUUGACAAUCUUGUCCAAUACUAUAGAAACUAUGGGAAUAAAAUGGGCUUUGAAGCUAUCAUACGAUCUUCAAGGAAAGGAGAUGAUGGAGAGGUAAAAAACGUGACAUUAGCUUGUUCUUGUACUGGGAAGCCGAGGAGUAACUCCAGAAAUGCUUUUAAAAGGCGACCAGUGACAAAAACUAAUUGUAAGGCUCGAAUUGGUGUAUCCAUAUGUUCAGAUGGAAAAUGGCAAAUAUGUUCAACUGUCUUUGAUCAUAACCAUGAACUCUAUGAUCCUACCAAAGCUAGAUAUUUCAAGAAAUAUAAAAAGAGGAAGCAUGAAGUGAAUGAUAGGGCUGGGGUUAGACCAAAUCAAAAAUUCAAUUCUUUGUUAGUUGAAACAGGGGUUGUUGAGAAUUUUCAAUUACUAAGGAAAGAUUGUAGGAACUAUAUUGAAACAGUCAGGAGGCUACGACUUAGUGCUGGAGAUGCUUCUGCAAUCCAAAAAUAUUUUUUGAAAAUGCAAAUUGAGAAUUCAGAUUUCUUCUAUCUAAUGGAUUUAGAUGAAGAGGGUCGAUUAAAGAAUGUUUUAUGGGUGGAUGCAAGAAGUAGGGCUGCAUUUAAAGAAUUUGGUGAUGUUGUAACAUUUGACACUACAUAUUUGACUAAUAAGUAUGAUAUGCCAUUUGUUGCUUUUGUUGGUGUUAAUCAUCAUGGUCAUUUAAUGUUGUUAGGUUGUGGGUUAAUCUCCAACAAGGACACAAAGACAUUUGUAUGGCUUUUUCAAUCAUGGCUUACAUGUAUGUCGAAUCCUCCUAAAGCAAUAAUCACUAAUCAAGAUGAGGCAAUGCAAAAUGCAAUUGGGAUUGUGUUCCCUGAUACACGACAUAGAUGGUGUUUGUGGCAUAUAAUGAAGAAACUAUUUGAAAAGUUAAAAGGUUAUUGUGAAUAUGAAUAUAUUAAGUUUUCUUUGCAAAAUGUUGUGUAUGAUUCAUUGACACAAGAGGAGUUUGAAGAACGUUGGAAUAGGUUCAUUGAUAAACACAACCUUCACAAUGAUGCUUGGUUACUUGGAUUGUAUAAUGAAAGGCGACGUUGGGUGCCAACUUUUGUAAAAGAUACUUUUUGGGCAGGUAUGUCUGUUACACAACGCAGUGAAAGUAUACAUGCAUUCUUUGAUGGAUAUAUUAAUGCAAAAACCACUUUAAAACAAUUUGUGGAACAAUAUGAGAAUGUGUUGCAUGAUAAAGUGGAAAAAGAAAGAGAGGCUGAUUUUAAAUCUUUCAAAUCAUGGAUCCCUUGCAUAAGCACAUAUGCUAUUGAGAAACAAUUUCAAGAUGCAUAUACCACUACGAAAUUUAAAGAGUUUCAACAAGAGCUUGCUGCUAAGCUCUAUUGUGAAGUAUCUUCUUUUAAAGAGAUUGAUUCCUUCAUGGAAUUUAUAGUAGAAGAAGAUGUUAUGGUUGGAGAGAGUCACCGUCGUGUUCCUUUUGUGGUUUUCUUUGAUGAAACAACUCGUGAUGUUCGUUGCAAUUGUCGGCUGUUUGAGUUUAGAGGAAUUUUAUGUCGACAUGCAAUUGUGGUGUUGAUUCGUAAGCAAAUUUUUCAUGUACCAGAAAAGUAUAUUUUAAGGCGGUGGAGAAAAAAUAUAAACAGAUGUUAUACCAAGGUUAAGAUAAGUUAUGAUAGUUGGAGUACCAAUCUUGAAGGACAACGAUUUGAUCAAUUGUCUAGUUUAUUCAACACUGUAGCAGAUUUGGCAUCAAACAAUGAGGAUGAUUGUAAUAUGGUGAUAGAAAUGAUCAAUGAUAUGAAGAAUAAAUUGAUGUCGAAUGAGAUUGUUGGCAAGAUUUAUAAAAAACUAAAUAUGUCAGCUAAUAGUAGGACAAAUUGUGAAGGUGUUGAUGGUACUUUAAAAAAAGUUAAAGGAGAGCUUGUUAUAUGAUGUGGUGCUUUUGUGGUUUGGCUAGGAGCAUAUUUGAUGUUUCAUGUACUAGUUCUAUUUUUAUGUUGGCUAGUGAAUGGUGAUUGAUAUUUCAGAGAUGUAGGAGUUUGUAUUUGCAUGUAUGAUGAUACCAAUCCAGUCAGUUGAGAUGGUUGGAAUUACAAGCUGCACUCAUGGGUAGGCACAUCGGUGGAGGUUAUUUGCGCUAAUGAUAAUCUUUGUAAAUUUAUCUCUUUUUUCAAGUUGUGUCACUGAUUAAUGGAGUUUUUCGCUGUGGUAUUUCUCUUAAAUUAUGUUGCUACUUCUAUUACUCUUGGUGUUUAUUCAUCAGUCCAAACUGCUGCUGUAGAUGCAGAUAAUGUUAUAUGUGCAUUAUAUGUUACAAAAUUGUUACCA